AUGCAACGAUACCUCGCCGUCACCAGGCCGGCUGCCGCUGCGGCAAGGGCAUCCAGGCCCACCGCCCUCAACCUCCACGCCUCGUCGCUCCUGCGCACGGCUAGAUUACCCUCGUCCUCGUCGAUCGCCAAGUCCAACCCAUCGCUGGCGCGCCACCUCUCCUCGUCGGCCGUGCGCCGCAGCGCCGCGACGCCCUUGAACGAGGCCGCCAACCAGAAGCCGCCAUCCAAGGACAAGCUCGGCUUCGUCGGCAAGAUGCUCCGCUACGGCGCCUACACCGUCGCCUCCAUCGGCUUCGGCCUCUUUGCCACCACCGCCAUCAUCCUCGCACACGACGCGCUCACCUACAAGGACAGUCACGUCGGCAAGAUCCCCCUCGCACCGCGCGCCCUCCAGCCAGAGACGGGCGGACCCAAGAACCUCCCCAUCCUCUCGAGCUACACCGAAGACGAGCAGGACGAAAAGUCAAAAGAGCUCGCCAAAAAGGAGCGCCUCGUCAUCGUCGGAGGCGGCUGGGCCGCCGUCGCCCUCCUCCAGAGCCUCGACCCGGACCGCUACAAUGUCACCCUCGUCUCGCCCACCAACUUCAACCUCUUCACACCGCUGCUGCCCUCGGCGACCGUAGGCACCGUCGAGCCGCGAUCGCUCAUCGAGCCGCUGCGCAAGCUGCUGGCGAGCGUCCACGGCCACUAUAUCCAGGGCUGCGCCACCGACGUGGUCAUGGGCGACGCGCUGCCCGAGUCGGCCGGCGGCUCGCAGCGCCUGCUCGAGGUCAGCGUCAUCAGCGGAGAUGAUUGGGACGGCGACCAAGCCGCCCUCGGCAUCAAGACGGCGGGCGCCGGCAAGAUCCGGGAAAAGGCCGAGACCGUCAACAAGAGCAUCUACAUUCCCUAUGACCGCCUCGUCAUCGCCGUCGGCAGCGUCACCAACACGCACGGCGUGCCCGGGCUCGAGAACUGCUUCCACCUCAAGACGGUGCAGGACUCGCGCAAGAUCCGCUCGCACAUCCUCGACAACCUCGAGGUGGCCUCGCUGCCGACGACGACGCCCGAGGAGCGCAAGCGGCUGCUCAGCUUUGUCAUCUGCGGAGGCGGGCCCACGGGCGUCGAGACCGCCGCCGAAAUCUACGACAUGAUGAACGAGGACGUUCUCACCUAUUACCCCAAGAUCCUCCGCGCCGACGCCUCGGUCCACCUGAUCCAGUCGCGCGAGCACAUCCUCAACACGUACUCCGAGGCCAUCUCGCGCUACGCCGAGGACAAGUUUGCGCGCGACAAUGUCGACGUCAUUGUCAAUGCCCGCGUCAAGGAGGUCAAGCCGGACAAGGUCAUCUACACGACGCGCGACAAGGCGACGGGCAAGGUCGAGGAGCACGAGGUGCCCUCGGGCUUCACGCUGUGGAGCACGGGCAUCGCCAUGAGCCCCUUUACCAAGCGCGUGACGCAGCUGCUGCCCAAUCAGAGCCACCUCAAGGCGCUCCAGAUCGACAGCCACCUGCGCGUCAAGGGCGCGCCGCUUGGCAGCAUCUAUGCGCUCGGCGACGCCAGCACCAUCGACACGCGCCUGAUCGACUACCUCUACGAGUGGGUCGACAGGUUCGACCAGGACAAGGACGGACGCCUGUCGUUCCGCGAGUUUGAGCAGCUGGCCGGCGAAGUGGGCCGCAAGUUCCCGCUGGCCUCGAAGCACUUCCUCAAGCUUCGGGACAUGUUUGACCGGUACGACGUCGAUGCCGACGGCACGCUCAACCUCAACGAGGUGGCGACGCUGUUUAUGGAGACGGGCAACAAGAUGACGGCGCUGCCGGCCACGGCGCAGGUGGCCUCGCAGCAGGGCAAGUACCUGGGCCGCAAGCUCAACAAGCUGGCCAAGCGCCGCGACGCCGGCCAGGACAUCAACCCGCACUCGGCCGAGGACGUCUUCGACAUCGACGACGCCGUGUACAAGCCCUUCACCUACCGCGCGCUCGGCAGCCUGGCAUACAUCGGCAACGCGGCAGCCUUUGACCUGCCCCUUCCCGGCAGCUUCGGAGCAUGGGCGGGCGGACUGGUCGCCAUGUACGCCUGGCGGUCCGUGUACCUGUCCGAGUCCGUCUCGAUGCGCACUCGUGCGCUGCUGAUGGCCGACUACAUCAAGCGCGGCAUCUGGGGCCGCGAUCUCUCGAGGAUCUGA